UGAAUUAUUUAUGCUCUCGCAGCCCGGGGGGCAGGUCCUGGCUUUCCCUGUUACCAUUGCAACAAGUGGCAGCCGGCCCGGCCGCGCUCGGGCCGUCACACGUCCCCGCGGAGUCACCGAAAUGCCGUCGGGAGGCGGGAACCCUCCCUGUGUCCGCUGCGCCCGACACGGCCGGCUGGCUUUGCAGGUUCAGCCUUGUGCGAAAUGGACCCGGGAAACACGGUCUUUUGUAACUCAAAUGUACCUGACCAUAAGCUGCUCCUCUUGGAAGACAACGGGUUGCUUCGGAAUGACCCAAAAGCGCUGGGGCGCUGGUGCUCAGAGGACGUGCACCGGCCUGCAGCGGCAGAGCGCUGCGGAGAGAAAGCCAAGCUCUGCCGAGGAAUCUCCGUCAUCACAAAAUACAAAAUUGAUUUCACCGAUGGUCAUUUCACAGAUGAUUGAGAAUAAAUCUGAAGAAAAUUGCCAUGCUUUGCCUGUGCAGCCCAUGAUCCCCCAGCCCAGUGCUUACCACACGAAGCAACCUCUGGCUACCCAUGGCUCAGUCAACAUUAACAGAGCAUUUACAGCGCUUCCCAGCAGGUUAGAAAUUCAGACAACUUUAGACAACACCACGUCUCCAUUGGACUCUCCCAUUGCAGAGGAAAAACAGUCUCAAAACCUGCGGAAAGGGUUUGCAUCCAUAACUAUUACAGCCAAACGUGUUUCUGCAGGAUCCAGCGACCCAGCACGAGGAGCUGGGGCUGUGCUGGAACCCAACGCCGUGUCCCCCACCUCGAGCGAAGUCCCCACUGCCCUCCGUCACCGUUCUCCACCGGGCUAUGCGAACCAAAAUGUCUCUCCAUCAAAGAUUCCUGAAUCUUGCUCACGAUUUGGCGAAGAGCAGCCACGAAAGUGGAUUUUUGACCCAGGAAACAAGGAGAACGGCGUGGGUCUUCAAAGCAGUGAUGGGAGAGAGAAAGUACCUCCUUCAUUCAUCUCUUGUGUCCACCUUCAGGUUUCUCAGCAGUGUCCAAAUACCAUCUAUUAUUUAGACAAGUCGCUCAAUGUGUGCAUUGACCAACCUCGAAUUAAAUGCCAAAAAAUUCAUAGAUCAACGCUGUCCUUCAAUAUAAAUUGCAGUUCGUCUAGAUUAACAGCAGAUGGAGUAGAUGGCAUAGCUAAUGGAGAGCCAAUAGAGACGAUGCUCAAGACAAAGCUCCUAGGAGAAAACAAGAAGACUCCACUCAGAUCAAACUGGAGAGCAGACUUAGCAGAAAAUAAUGUAAUUAAUAGAGAGACAACAAAUGAAGGCUAUUUGGGUAGUAAAUACCCUUUGCAAACUAUCUUUGUCUCUGAACUUCCAGCAUUUGUGGAUAUACCCGGAGGGCCUAAUAACGUGGUAACAGCAAAGAAAGAUGAUGAUAAGCAAUCUGGCAGCUAUCACACUACAUUUUCUCUCCAGCUUCCUAGUUCAAGUGAUGAGGCAGGAACACAAAUGCUGUCGGGAAGCAAGAAGCAGCAAUACAGCAGCAAUACAGCUACGGCCUCUGCUUCUCCUCCGGGUACAGCAUCCAGAAGGACAACUGCUGCUGCUACUGAUGGCGCGUCCAAAAAGAGAGAUCCCUCCAAAGACACCUCCCAAGCCAAAGAGAUCCAGGCACAGGGCCUCCUGAAACCAAAAAUGUCCAUCUCCAGUAGUACAUGCAAUAGAAAAUCCUCAUCGAGAAUUCUCUUGGAAGAAAAUGUGCACAGGCAAAACCAGCUCCUAAAAAGUGAUUAUGAAUUCUGUGGUUCAAGUGACAAAGCAGAGGAGCGCGCAGAGGCGGCUGAGCGGGAGCGAGCCGGCCGGGUGACACUAUCCACCGCUCGCCCGCCAGAUGUUACUCGUGAGAAAAACGAUGUGCUCACCCAGCCAGAAACCGGCUCCCGGCCUGAGAAAAUUCCACCAGCCUCGCUGACGCUGCGGGAAGCCCUGGAAGUCCACAAGCCUCAGUUCAUCUCUCGUUCCCAAGAAAGGCUGAAGAGGCUCGAGCAGAUGGUCCAGCUGAGGAAAGCCCAGCAGAGCGACGCUCCCGCGGGCAACCAAGGAGCGCCCGUCCGCAAGCUUUCCUCAACAUCCACUUCCAGCAAAAAGAAGCAAUACACCGUCCCUCACCCUCUCAGUGACAACCUCUUCAAACCCAAGGAAAGAUUCAUUCCGGAGAAGGAGAUGCAUAUGAGAUCCAAAAGGAUUUACGACAAUUUACCUGAAGUCAAAAAGAAACAAGAAGAAAAGCAGAAACGGAUCAUCAUCCAGAGUAACAGACUGCGUGUUGAGAUCUUUAAGAAGCAAUUACUGGACCAGCUCCUCCAAAGAAACACAGAGUGACAAAGGAUUCUCCUGCCCAGCAUCCUGAUUGGAUCUUGAAAGCCUUUGACUGCUGAAUAAGCCAUAAAAUUUACUGUUAUCUGAAUUACCUGGAGGUAUUUUUCUUAUCUUUGGCUUUUUAUGUAAAGAAAGAUCAUUUAUAUUUCAACUGACAUUUUAAGACAACUUUCAAGUAAUCAAAACCAGUCUACAACACAACACAGCUUUUUCAGAGCUUUGUCUUUGGGUCAGUUUACCCAGAGGAAAUGAUUUUAAUAUUUUUUAAUGCAAAUACUGAAUUACGGUGGUAUUAUUUAUCUUAAUCUUUUGGAAAGUAUACGUCUCUGUAGCAAUAGAACUGGGUUUAUGAGACCUGGAGAACUUAUUUCUCUGAAGUAUUCUAUUAAUUGAUUUCCUGUGAGUGAAAUCGUUGAAGAGAAACAAAUAUCGUUAUUUGUUAUGUUUAGAAACUGGCUGAAAUAGCAUUGCCACAUAACCAUAGCAGCAGCAGUUUCAUAUUAAUACUUAACAUUCCAAAAGAGACCAAUAUUUUAGCUCUGUGAAGAACUCCAUUCCUGUUUAUGUAGUGAAUCUACACAGCAAGCUUACCUGAUAAAGGGCCACAUUUAAAAAUUUGAUUAUAACACUGUUUUUUUUGUGGUUUUCAUUGUAAUAUAUAUUUUAGUCCACUUCUGUGAGCAUUAAGUAUUUCUAGAAAUGGCAUAUGAAGAAGUGGUGCCAAGCAGUACGUUUGCAUCAAAACUUCAGAACUCAAACCAUCUGUAAUGUUUCCUCCCAAAAUAUUUAAAUCUUUAUUUGUACAUUUUGGAAGUAAAAACAACCAGCGUACAAACCAACGGAGUUUAUUUAUGGAAUAAAAUAUGAAUACAAUACUGA